UCCAAGAGAGGACGUGAUUUUUGGUGGAUUCGCAGCUUUCAGUAACGACAGGACGGAACACAAAGCAACAAGGAGCCUUUUUUAAAGUAACUACAGCUGAAUUAGGUUGUUAAUUUUUCGUAGCAAACUAUACUGGGGAAUUUACGACGCAAUGGCACAAAGAAAGAAUCCCAAAUCCCAACCCAAAAAAGGUCGUGGUCUUGGUGGGUUCUACUUUUGAUUCAGUAAGGACCUAAGACGCUCCAUGCAGCGCUACCGCCACUAUGGCACCUCCUACUCCUCCCCCUCUCCCCCCUUGCCCCCUACGCCCCCCUCGCCUCCUGUAGAGGAGAUCCAUGCUGAAGAGGAGGAGGUGGAGGAGGUGUACACCGAGGAGGAGGUGUACACUGAAGAGGAGGUUUAUGAAGAGGAGGUGGCUCCGCUGAUUCAGGAGGAAGGAGGAGGUAGGACUGGAGCAGAGAUGAGGUUUGACUUGGUUUGGUUCGGUUUGGGCUGGGUUCUGACUCUGAUUCUGAUUUGGCCUGGAUUGGGUUGGUUAGGGAGUGACAAGGAGGUGCAGAAGAAGAAGGAGGAGCAGCAAGUGGACCAGGAGGCAGAGGGGAAGACACCACCAGUGGAGAGCAAGAAUGGAAAGAAGACAGAGACAGGAGGAGGAGAUGCAGGAGGUGGAGGAGGCUCUAAGUACUCCAUAUUCACCUGGUUUGUGGUCCUGGCUCUGCUGGGAGUCUGGAGCUCUGUGGCUGUGGUCUACUUUGACAUUGUGGACUAUGACAGCGUCAUCGCCAGAGCUAAGGAGUUUCAUAUGAACUUUUCUGAAGUUUUACAAGGUAAACUGACGGCCUACGACACUGAUGGAGAUGGAGAUUUUGACGUUGAAGAUGCCAAAGUUCUGCUCGGCCUGAAAGAAGCCCAGAAACCACCUGUGGGAGCUUCACCUGAGGAAGACACAGUUUUAACACCAGAAGAAGCCAGUGAGCCUUUGGCUGAAACGACCAAUAAGCAAGCUGCAGAGCCCCAGGGGGCGGAGCCAACAGAAACUGCAUCAUCUGAAACACAGACCGAGAAGACUGCAUCAGGGAUCACUUCUCCUCCUGACCUCGAUGAUGAAGGCUCUAAAUCUUACGAUGUGGAGUCUGAAAUACAAGCUGCUGUUCCUCUACCUCCGAUAUCUGAAGACUUUGUGCCGGAUGAUCCCAGAGACAGCGCUCAUCCUGAAGAGGAUAAAGCUGAAACUAUUGACACCACUGGAGUCCUUGUUGAAGAGCGCCCUCCAGAGGAGACUGUCGUGGAGUCAACACAAUACCUGACCAGCUCCAAAUUCACUCAGGAAGCAGUGACAGUGGAGGAACUAGAAAACCAGUCAGAGCCCCCAGUGGAACCAGAACCGCAGAGUGAACCACAGACAGAAACACCAAAACAGACAGAGAGCGGUGCAGAGGCUGAAGAAACAACAGAGAAACAGGCCGAGGAGAAGCCAAAAGAAAAAGCAUCUCUUCUUCUGUCCAUCUCUACUCCAGCAAAGAAGAAGAAACCAAAACUGCUCAAUAAGUUUGAUAAAACCAUCAAAGCUGAAAUCGACGCUGCUGAAAAACUUCGUAAAAAGGGUAAGCUGGAGGAGGCAUUGAGAGCGUUUGAGUCAUUGGUGCAGCAGCAUCCUCAGAGCCCCCGCGCUCGCUACGGAAAGGCUCAGACGGAGGACGACCUGGCAGAAAAGAUGCGCAGUAACGAAAUGCUGCAGAAAGCCAUCAACAGCUACAGAGAGGCCGCUGAGCUGCCUGACGCAACCCCUGACCUCUUGAAAGCAGCGCUGAAGAGACGAGCAGAGCGGCAGCAGUUCCUGGGUCGGAUGCGAGGCUCUCUGGCGACUCUGGAGCGGUUGACCCAGAUCUUUCCAGAAGACAUCAGUCUGAAGAAUGACCUUGGCGUUGCUCACCUGCUGCUGGGAGACAACAAAGGUGCCAAGAAGGUCUACGAGGAGGUUUUGGCGGUCGCCCCCGAUGAUGGCUUUGCCAAAGUUCACUACGGCUUCAUCCUGAAGUCAGAGAAUAAGAUAGCAGAGAGUAUACCAUACCUGAGGGAGGGUUUGGAAUCUGGUGAACCAGGGACGGAUGACGGGCGGUUUUAUUUCCAUCUGGGUGACGCCCUGCAGAGGGUCGGAGACAAAAGCGCAUAUCACUGGUACGAGCUUGGUCAUAAACGCGGCCACUUUGCCUCCGUGUGGCAGAGGUCGCUGUACAACGUGGACGGCCUGAAGGCUCAGCCGUGGUGGAUGCCUAAAGAGACCGGAUACACCGAUCUGGUCAAGACGCUGGAAAGGAACUGGAAGACGAUCAGGGACGAAGCUCUGGCUGUGAUGGACAAAAACACGGGAAUGUUCAUACCUGAGGAGGAGAACCUGAGAGAAAGGGGAGAGUGGGGACAGUUCACUCUCUGGCAACAAGGUCGAAAAGUAGGAACUUCCUGUCAGAGUGUCCCAAAGACGUGUGGUCUAUUGGAGAGAUAUCCUGAAGCUACAGGCUGCAAGAGAGGACAGAUAAAGUUCUCAGUGAUGCAGCCAGGUACGCACGUGUGGCCUCACACCGGCCCCACUAACUGCAGACUGAGGAUGCACCUCGGCCUCGUCAUCCCCAAACAGGGCUGCAGGAUCCGCUGCACUGACCAGACACGGGAAUGGGAGGAGGGGAAAGUCCUCAUCUUCGACGAUUCCUUCGAACACGAGGUGUGGCAGGAAGCUGACAGCUACCGCCUCAUCUUCAUCGUUGAUGUUUGGCACCCAGAGUUAACGCCGUACCAGCGCCAAACUCUGAGUCCGAUUUAGAUCCACACAAGAACAACGAGGACUGCAGACCCGGUAAGAACGGUUUGAAGGACUUACCGGAGCGUCUGGUUCUUCUUUGGAUUAAAAACACUGAAUGUCUGAGGAGAAUCACUCUUGGAUUUUGGGGCUUUUGUGGAUGAACUACUAAAAUCAAUAGUGGAAGGAUCUAAACAUCAAACUGAGGAUUUUUCUGGGUUUUACUACUGACUUUGUCUCACCUUAACCACACACGGUACGUUUGGAGCCCUGAUUUACCUGGGCUUACUCAGUUUGGACCAACACCACGGUUCAUAAAUGUGGAAAUAUUAACAUUAAUAUUGUUGGAUUUCACAUCAGAUCUGCAGGCUGAAACCAGCUCUCUGACGCUGUGGUACGACUUCUCAGAGGUUUACAGAGAAACGUUUGGAUUCUAAAACACUACAUGUUUGAGGAGAAACUCCUUCAUUUCACUGACGAUGUUUGAUAAAUUUGUGUGAAUGUUUAUGAAAUAAGAAACGAAGCCUUAAUUUUAGCUCAAUCACUAUGCAUCCUCAGUUUAUCCAGCAGGUUUUUACUUUCACUUUUUCAUCUCUUUUGCACAAAAACAAAGAAACACAAGAUGUUUAAAGAUGAUUUAUAUUUAUAUUAAAAAUAAAAAAAUGAAAAAAUGGGAAA